AUGGAUAAUGUCUAGUAUGCUGACCUGAGUAUGAAUUAGAUUUUAGUAAAACUCAAUGUAUUCCUAAAUGCUAAGAUGGAAUUAUAUUAUAAGAAGAAGUGUGUGAUGAUGGUAAUAGAAUUUAAUUUGAUGGAUGUUAUAAAUGCUUAAAAAGUUGUUAAAUUGAAUGCUUAUUAUGUUUUGAUAAUCAGUGUUUUAAAAGUCAACAUUUUUGGCACCUUUAAAAGUAUCAAUGUAUACAAAUUUGUGGAGAUGGGCAAUUAGCAAUCUUUUCUAAUGAAUAAUGCAAUGAUCCUUAAGACUCUAAUAUUUUUAAUUGUAAAUAUUACUGUGAGGAUAACUGCCUAAUUUUUGUUUAGGUUUGUUUGUCAUCUUUUCAGAUGA